UAAUUACGGGAUGGGGUUUUAUUCUUUUUUGUAAUUAUUCUUUUAUUCCUUUUCAGAUAGUAAAGUAGAAGAGCCUGAAAUUGGUUAAUGCUUCAAUGCCAAGUCUUGACAAUACAAGCGACACACAAAAAUAAUGUAUAAAAAUUUAAAACUCUUCUCUAUCCCCAUUUUGAUGGCUAUACUAUAUAGAAGAAGAAACAAAAAAGAAACUAAAAUUAAAUUAAAAUCAUGAACAAGUUGUUGGCGGGUGACACAAACCAUACCUCAAGGUAGGUGAUAUAUCCAUAUGGAGAGUUUUUUAGCUGUUCUUUUAAAGGUCAGGACCACAUCUUCCUCAAAACUUCACAAAAUCUCUAACUUUGAGAUAACACAAAAUCCAUCAACUUUACCUUCUUCAUGAUUAUAUAACACCUCUCAGACUAGGACCAGAGAGAGACCGGGACCAGUACCAAUCAUAUUGUUAUGUUGGACGACACUCGGGUUUCGAGGGUAAUAUUUGUAUCAGCUUUGCGACAUGACUAGGGAUGUGUAAAUCAUGUAACCACUGCAAAGCCACUAGAUUCCAUGAUCUAAGAACUCAAUGUUCUUACGGUAUUAAGACAGCUACUACAAACUAAAAGGAUGGGAAGAUUCUUGUGGUUCUUGGGUCGGUCACGUUACACCGAAAGAAGAGAAAGAGAGAGAGAAAGAGAGGCCUACGUCUUUGUCAUCAAUGAAGUUUGGUUUUUUGAUUGAUAAAACUGGUCCCCCACUUUGUUAUAAAUUCCAGAACGUACCCAGAGAUAACAGAACCAAUAAAAGAAAAAGUUAAUUAGGCUAAAAGUGGUCACAGGAUUCUUCAGGCGGGUUUGGUUCUUUUUUUCAAACUGCAACUAGCUUUUACCCGUUAAGUUCAUCUCCCUAUUAAACACAACGACCUAACAAUAUUACAGCCGUAAGCUCUAGAUACAUCCCUUCAUUUUUAUACAUCUCUUCAUAGUCUAGCCUAGGAAACCCGGUUAACAAAGACAGCACCAAACUUUUUCAGAUUCUUCGAUCAUUAGGAAUGAUGAGAUGGGGAAGGAAGAAACCUGUUUCUUCUUCAUCUUCUUCUUCUUACGGGUUGUCUCGUGCUCCUCCUGUUUCUUGGUUUUCAAAGUUAAGCGGUUCUUCUGACUUGAAACCUGCAAAAGAGAAGAAGCAAGAUGAUGAAGCUAGCCAGACCAUGUCUACAAAAUCUUCCUUGAGUUCUUAUAAACGUCGAAAUGAUAUUACUCAGAGCAGAAAAAGAUUUCAGAGAGUACAAAUAGAAAAGGAGAACGCUGCAACAAGAUCAGCAGAAAGGGAAUCAAAUGAGAAGUUUGAAGAGAUAAUGAGCAGUGUAAGGAAGAAAGUAAGAGACUUCAAAAGAGAGACGUGUGGCUUUCUGGAAGUAGAGGCAAUGGAUAGAGACAAAGGAACUGUGAUCAUGACGCCAAGAAUUCAGGUGAACAGAGAUAAGCAAAGAUGUGAGAGACGUGACCAAAGGCUUCUUGAACAAAAGCCAAAGAGAUCAGAACAAGAUGUAGAGGUCAAGGCGAAAAAACCAGCGAGAAGGACAGGUACAGGAAGUUACAAUAAAGAGGAUUCUAUGAGUCUUGGUCAAACUGUAACAAAAUCAGCUCCUCAGUGGCAAAAGCUCAAGGAAGUAAAACUAAAAGAAGUGAAGCUGAAGGCAGACCAACAGAGAAAAUCUAUGUACCUAAAAAGGGAGCUAAACAAGUUAGGGACAAAAGAAAACAACAAGGUAAGAGUAUUUUCACCAAGAGCAUCUGAAAAAUGCAGAGUUAAAGCUAUCGAAGACUUGAAGAAGGCUAAACUGAGAGCACGCGAGCACGAGGUUCUUAUAGAAACAGCAGACAGACAAAUGGAGAACGAAAGCUUUGCCGUAGUGAAAUGUUCGAGCGAUCCUCAGAAGGAUUUUAGAGAUUCAAUGAUUGAAAUGAUCAUGGAGAAUGGUAUCAACCACCCUGAAGAACUCAAAGAGCUUCUGGUUUGUUAUCUCAGACUCAAUACCAAUGAAUAUCAUGAUAUGAUCAUCCAUGUGUUUCAGCAAGUGCAUAACGAUAUGAAUUUUCAUUAAUUUUGGUGUAUAAUAGUAAUAUAAAGAUCUGUGCAUGAUUGAUUCAUCAUUAUGAUCUGUGAAUAGUAUAAGCUUUUAGGAUGUA